AUGGGUGAACCAGUUGACGUCGACGCGAUGCUUGAAGAGGCUCUUGACAAAAUUGAUGAAUCUGAUCGGAAUAAUGGCCAUGGUCAUACUGAACCCAUGGCAGCAAUUAUUCAAGGUGAGAGUGGUAAGGAAAAGUCUGUUGAGGAUGAGAAGGAAAUUGCCGAUAAGACACUGAAUGGUUCUACGAAGAUGGAAACAGAAGAAUCGGCGACUGAUUCUUCGGAAAAGAAGAAAGAACGUAGAAGGGCUUCUAGGUCAUCUUCUCGUAGCCGUUCACCAAGUCGAGAAAAGGACAAAGAAAAAAAGAAACGGAAGCGUAGUUCCAGCCGAGAUCGUAGAAAGAAGUCAAGGUCUCGUUCAAGAUCACGAGAUCGUCGGCGUAGUUCACGUAAAAGAAGUCGGUCGAGACACCGUUCACGUUCUAAAGAACGUUCUCAUCGGUCACACUCCCGGCGUCGUUCUAGAUCUCGUAGGUCAAGGGAGAGGAGGCGUUCACGUUCUAGGAAUCGUCGUGGUCGUAGUAGAAGUCGUUCUUGGUUCGAGUCUAGACCGCGAGUUUUGGAUCACCGUGACCGAAGGUUCUCUCCGCAGUGGAGACGUUCGCCACCUAGAGGUCCUCGGCUCCCAGGUCCUGAACGACGCGAUGUAAUGCCUUUUACUGCCCGACGAUCGCCACCUCCAAAUGCAAAAUUAAACAUGUCUUCUGAAGAAAGAGACCAGCGUACCAUUUUUAUUUUGCAGAUUGCGAAACAGACUCGUCCUCGUGAUCUCGAAGAAUUUUUCUCUAGUGUGGGUCAUGUUCGUGAUGUGCGGAUAAUAACAGAUUCGAAAACAAGGAGGUCUAAAGGAAUUUGUUACGUUGAGUUUUGGGAGAUUGAAAGUGUCAACUUGGCAUUAGCUCUAAAUGGGCAAAAGUUGCUAGGCGCACCCCUUGUAAUACAGCAGACGUUAGCUGAACGCAAUCGUGCAGCUAACAAUACGGUUGGGGGUUCCCUUGGUUUCGGCCCGACAAAUACUACUGGGCCGCUGAAACUUUACGUUGGUAAUUUGCAUCCAAGUAUAACGGAAGAUAUGUUGGGUAGGAUAUUUGACCCUUUUGGAAAAAUUGAUCAUUUGGAAGUUGCAACUGAUUUGAGUGGGGUUUCAAAGGGCUAUGCUUAUGUUACAUUUCGACACGCAGAUGAUGGGAAAAGGGCAAUGGAACAACUGAACGGAUUUGAAUUGGCCAACAGACCUAUGAAGGUUGCAACUGUUGAAAAGGAUGAUACUUUACCGAUGGGGCCUCAGCGAACAUUAGAUACUGAUGAAGCUGAUCGUCGGGGUAUCGAUUUAGGAACUAGUGGUCGCCUUCAUUUAAUGGCUAAAUUGGCCGAAGGAAGUGGCCUUGAGUUGCCGAAAAGUGCAAAGGAAAUGCUGGCACAGAAUCAAAACCCAACAGAAUCAAAUGCUUCGAGUAUCCCUUCGAUUGCUACACAGUGCUUCGUGUUGUCAAAUAUGUUUGAUCCCAAGAGUGAGCAAGGGGAUAGUUGGGCCGAAGAAGUCAGAGAUGACGUUAUUGAAGAAUGCGCGAAAAAUGGUGGAAUUCUUCAUAUAUAUGUUGACAAGGAUUCACCAAAUGGGAAUGUUUAUGUGAAAUGUCCAAACGUAACUGCAGCAUAUAACUCUGUAAAUUCGUUGCAUGGUCGUUGGUUCUCAGGUAAAGUCAUUACAGCCAAUUAUGUUCCGUUGGCUAGUUAUUCUCAACUUUUUCCUGCAUCUGUUAGUGCACACAGACCAAUUUUAUCUGGAAUGAAAGUUGCCUCAACUGGGAUUGCGGCAUAA